ACCUAAAUUCAACGACAAGUUUGUUACUGGAAAAACAGAAUUAGACAUGCACUUGUAAACUGGUAUCACAAUGGAUUUACAUCAUGAACAUAUCCAGAGCUCUUGCAGCGUUAUCGAACGGUUAUUAAAUCUUGAACAAAAGAAACUGAUUUCGCAAGAAGAAUUAUAUAACAACGAGAAUGUUAUCGCAAUCAGAAUGGUAUCGCAAAAAGAAUGGUUUUGCAGUAAGUAUGGUUUCGCAAUAAGAAUGGUUUCGCUCCAAGAAACCGAUUUCGCGACAAGACUGGUGUCGUGAUAAGACGAGAUCCGAGCAGUUUGAUUUUUUGAUCAGGUCGGCAAGGAUUUCGUCGAUCGGACCCACAAUUCGGUCUCAGCAGUGUGGAUUUCGAUCAGGUCAUCAACCAUCUGGUCGAUCAGACCCACAAUUCGGAAUCGGCAGUGUGGAGAUCGAGGAAUAGCGCCGAGGGGUGUGUCGAUGGACAGGUAUGAGCUUCCGGAGGAAGUGGAUACUGGGGGCUACCAGGGUGGCCAAGCGGAGGAGGAAGAGGACCUAGACUUCGAGCAUCUGUCCCUCGAGGAAGUGUUUACGAAGCUGCGGGCAACGCACGAAGGGCUUUCCACCACCGAGGCCGAGGUGCGCAUCAAGCUCGUGGGACCCAACAAGCUGGAGGAGCACAAAGUGAACAAGUUGCUCAAGUUUCUCAUGUUCAUGUGGAACCCGCUGUCGUGGGUGAUGGAGUUCGCCGCGAUCAUGGCGCUGGUGCUCGACAACGACGGCAAGGAACCGCCCGACUGGCAAGAUUUCAUCGGCAUCACCUGCCUCCUGGUGUUGAACGCUUCAGUGAGCUACGUCGAAGAGAGCAACGCGGGAGACGCUGCCGAUGCCCUCAUGCAAGCGCUGGCUCCCAAGGCGAAGGUCCUGCGCGAUGGUGCGUAUGCCGAGGUGGAUGCCGCCAUUCUUGUCCCGGGAGACAUCAUCACCAUCAAGCUCGGCGACAUCAUCCCUGCUGAUGCCAGGCUCCUCGACGGUGAUCCUCUGUUUGUCGAUCAGUCUUCUCUGACAGGGGAAUCCGUGGCUGUGACCAAGCGGUCCGGAGAAGCUGUCUACUCAGGCUCCAUCUGCAAACAAGGAGAGAUCGAAGCCCUGGUGAUAGCCACGGGUAUUCACACUUUCUUCGGUAAAGCCGCGCAUUUAGUGGACAUGACGCACAGUGCCGGCCACUUCCAACAAGUGCUCACCCGGAUAGGAAACUUUUGCUUGGUAACUAUCGGGGUCGGUGUGUUGCUAGAGUUGAUCGUCAUAUAUGGAAUCCAGGGGAGGUCGUACCGCAUUGGAAUCGACAAUCUUUUGAUACUGCUCAUCGGUGGUAUACCGAUCGCCAUGCCCACUGUGCUGUCCGUGACGAUGGCUGUGGGAGCCUAUGGACUGGCCAAGCAAGGCGCCAUAGUGAAACGCAUGACUGCCAUUGAAGAAAUGGCAGGCAUGGACAUACUUUGCUCGGAUAAGACAGGAACCCUAACCCUAAAUUGCCUCACUGUGGAUAAGUCCAUAAUCGAAGUCACAUCCGCGACAGCAGACAAAGACUUGAUCAUUCUCACAGCAUCUCACGCAUCACGUGUAGAAAACCAGGAUCCUAUAGACCUUGCGAUUUGUGCAAUGCUUCCGAGCAUUGAAGAUGCACGGAAAGGGAUCAAAGAAGUUCAUUUUCUUCCUUUCAACCCAACUGAGAAGCGUGCAGCCAUGACGUACACAACUCCCGAUGGCAAAAUGCACCGAGCCACCAAAGGAGCUCCAGAACAAAUCCUUGCGCUUGCAGCCAACCGAGAAGCAAUCGAAACCAAAGUGAACGACAUUAUGAACAAAUUCGCUGACCAUGGUUUAAGAAGCCUUGGUGUCGCUUAUCAAGAUGUGCCAGAAGGCACAAGAGAGAGUACAGGAGGGCCAUGGGAGAUGCUUGGAAUUUUGCCACUCUUUGAUCCUCCUCGUCAUGACACCAGUGACACUGUCCACCGGGCGCUUGAGCUAGGGGUGUCGGUGAAAAUGAUCACUGGUGAUCAACUCGCCAUUGCCAAAGAAACAGGCCGGCGCUUGGGAAUGGGCACCAACAUGUACCCAUCCACCGCCUUGUUCAACAAAUACAAAGACGACCACACCGACCUUGGAAUCUCCGGAAUGGACCCACAUGACUUGAUUGAACAAGCUGAUGGGUUUGCCGGAGUGUUUCCUGAACACAAAUUCCAAAUAGUGAAAAUGCUGCAAGAGCGAAGCCACAUUUGUGGGAUGACGGGUGACGGCGUGAACGACGCCCCCGCUUUGAAAAAAGCGGACAUCGGAAUUGCUGUUGCCAACGCCACCGACGCCGCUCGCAGUGCCGCCGACAUUGUCUUGACACAGCCAGGAUUGAGUGUCAUUAUCCAUGCAAUCUUGACAAGCAGAUCCAUCUUUCAAAGAAUGAAGAACUACACAAUCUACGCAGUGUCCAUUACCGUUCGUAUUGUUGUGGGGUUUUGCCUUCUGUGCCUCAUUUGGAAAUUUGAUUUCUCACCAUUUAUGGUGCUUGUUAUUGCUAUUUUGAACGAUGGGACUAUGAUGACAAUUUCAAAGGACAUAGUAACUCCUUCUCAAAAACCAGAUUCAUGGAUGCUUGAAGAAUUGUUUAUUCAAGGGACAUGUUUGGGUGUUUAUCAAGCUUUUAUAACAAUUAUAUUCUAUUAUCUCAUACACGAAACAAAAUGGUUUACUUACCAUUUCCAUGUGAGGGACAUUGCAAACCAGCCAUUGUUGGAGACAUCUGUGAUCUAUCUACAAGUGAGCAUCCAAAGCCAAGCGCUAAUUUUUGUGACACGAGCGCGCACAUGGUCUUUCAUGGACCGGCCAAGCAUGCUCGUAGUUGCGGCAUUCCUAUUCGCACAAUUAGUGGCCACCCUCAUUGCCGUCUAUGCCCACAUUGAAUUUGCCCACACCCGUGGAUGUGGUUGGGGUUGGGCUGGCGUAGUUUGGCUCUAUGAUGUGGUGUCAUACUUGCCACUAGAUAUUAUAAAGUUAGUGUGUCAAUAUAUCCAAACUGGGCACGCGUGGAAUUUGAUGAUGGAGCAGCGUGUAUUCUUUACACGGAAAAAGAACUAUGGUCAACAAGCACGGCAAGCACAAUGGGCCACCAUUUCCACCCAAAAGAAAACUGUUGACAAGGAUGCAAAGGGCAAGAUUGCCAUGGCUAAAAAUUUCAUUCAAGAAAUCAAAGGUGGGAUUGAGCAAACUUCCUCAUUUCCGGAAUCAAAAGGUCUCGAACUUGCCAAUGCACACAAACGAAGAGCGGAGAUGGCCAAAGUUCUCAAGCAAAAGCAGGUCCCCCUGAAGCGCAAAAGGAGCUUCUGGGAUUGAGGCACAUACUUUGUUCCCUUCCCAAGGGAACCCUGGGAACGGUAUUGGGUUAGGGAACAGAGGUUUCGGGAACGCCCUCUUGUGAGUUCCCAUUGAACUGAGGGUUUUUAGGGCUUGUACAGUAAAAUAGGAUGUAAAAUAGCCUUCUUCACAUCUGCAUUGAUUAUCCGUGACAUUGCUGUUUGUGGCAAAAGGUAAGAGGUUAAUAACUGUAGCAUUCCGGUUGAUACCCUUCCGAUUGAUACCCUUCCGGUAAUUGUAUUGUUCGACCUGUGUGGGAUCAUUAACUUCAUGAGUAAAACCAUCACAACUUGUUGCAAUGAACUCAUUGAUUACCAUGAAAUUAACUCUAAAUGUUAAUCAUAAUAAAAAGGACGAAUUUCCAGCAAGUCCAAACAAUAUUUUUAUGA